AUGAUAUCCGAAUACAAAAAAGGGUAUCCUUAAAAUCCCAAUUCGAUUAAUGAUAUGAUCAAUAAUGAUGUGCUGGACUCAAGUCUUGACAAUCUAAAGAUGGAUCCUUACUGCUGUAUUGAUGGCACUUUCGAUGAGAAUGGAGUAUAAGAAAUUGGCUUAAUAAUUGAUUCUAAUUUACAGGUUGAAAAUCCUCUUAAAUUUGCCAAAUUAAAAUACGAUAAUCCGAAUAAAAUAAACAAUAUGAAAUCAAUUCGUCAACGGCUUAAUCCAUUGAAUGGGAACAGUAAGAAAAACAGUAAAAUUUGCGAAAUGAAUAUUAUUGGAAAAUCAAAAACACCUAGUAGGUUGAGGAUAGAGUAUUUCAAAAGAAACAGGAAAAGAAUAGAGAAAACUUUGAUUGAAUGCAAGAUUUGA